AUGCUAGACGUCACUAGAUGUCCAAGGUGGCUGAUGGUGACUAGAGUUCCUGUCCGGGGAGAUUUGGCGAAAAUUCCCACCGUUCGACAGAUUUCAGCUGCUGUCGCGGCGUACCUGGCCGAGAGGCCCGGGAUUCAGGUCGACAUCCUAGCCCACAGCUUUGGCACAGCUGUGGCUUCGGCGUUGGUGCGGGAGAUGGAGGCUCGCAAAGCUUGCGAUUUGACGUCCGUGACAGUUCGGCGGACGGUGCUUAUGGACCCAAUGUGCUUCCUCCCAGGCAUCUCCAAGCAAGCGCAGCUGCUGCGGCGCACCCCGCAUGAUGUGGCAAUGGAACUCCUGGCAGAGUCGAAUGGCUUAAGUGUUGCUCCCACGAUGUGGGAAGUGCUGCGAAGCAUAGUGAACAAACCAGAGCCGUUCAUCGACAAGCUUGGCCAGGAAGCUGCCGCCGCGGAGCGGAGGAAGUGGAUCAUUUUUCAGAUAUACUUUUUCAAUUAUUUCAUUUUCCGCGACUUGGUCUACUGUUGGGUCAACAGCCGUGCCUUGCAUGGUCCAGAAUACCUGGAUCGAGGUCUGCUCCGGCAGAUGAACCGGCAGAAUAGGCUUCUGACAAUCUUGGCAGAGACUGACACCAUGAUUCCAGCUGCGCAGCUCCACAAGGAGUUGUCUCAGGAUUGUGAGUCAGCAGGCGUUAUGUGGUUGCACACCGUCGGGCACGGCGCAUGCCAGCAACGACAAGAUGUAGUAGAUCGGAUUCAGUCUUUCCUCAUGGCAUGA